AUAUCUCUUUAAACUUGGGGAAAAUGGGUAUCACUGAUUUAUUUAAAAUGAUAACAUGGAAAACGUUUUCAAAAAAUUGCAAACCGCCUGUUUCUACACUCUUGGCAACUCUGUUUAUGUGAAAUGAUACUUUGUUACUGACUUCAGCCAGCUGCCGCAUGUGGGAUUUGGUGUCAUCCAGUGCGAUUUCAGCCAGGAGGCGAUUGCGCAAUAGUAAAGAGCGGGUGGGACAAGCUGUUUUUGCCUUUCUAUCCCCUCCUCUAGCUCAACUACCUAGACAUAGCCACUCAAGACCUAAAUAUAUAUUUUCUACAUUUAAAGACGAGACUUUCCUGACCAGCGUCGUGUGAGACAAGAGUUUGGGGGUUCUACAGCUUCCUCUUCUCGGGCCUCCCAGGGAAACUGUAAAUACCUCUCCUCCGUAUGCCCGUUAAGAUGCAGUGAGAGUCAUGUUUCCCUUGCCGCCAUAUGUCAUGACAUCUUAAAACCUUCAACCUGAAAGUAGACAGAGGACGUUCAAGAAGGUUGUGACCUCUGAACCCCUAAACCCUGACUUUUGCUGAGACCAGAGUGUGAUCCAUGGCUAUAAAGAGCCUUCUGCACGCUGCUUCCACUUUCAGGAAGCAGCUGAUGAGGGUGAAGGUGGUAAACUCUAACUCCGAGGACUCCCGUCUGUGCCGAUGUCUCAACACCUUUGACCUGGUAGCCCUCGGUGUGGGCAGUACAUUGGGUGCUGGUGUUUAUGUGCUCGCUGGUGCUGUUGCAAGAGAGAAUUCAGGUCCUGCUAUUGUGCUGUCAUUCCUGAUAGCAGCUAUAGCCUCAGUGUUAGCCGGGCUUUGCUACGCUGAGUUUGGAGCCCGUGUUCCCAAAACAGGCUCGGCUUAUCUGUACUCCUAUGUGACUGUAGGCGAGCUGUGGGCCUUCAUCACUGGAUGGAAUCUCAUUCUUUCCUACGUCAUUGGUGCCUCCAGCGUGGCUCGUGCAUGGAGCGCCACCUUUGAUGAGUUGAUAGGGAACCCCAUAGGGCAGUUCUGCAGACAGUACAUGGCCCUGAAUGUACCAGGAGCACUGGCAGAGUAUCCUGACAUAUUUGGUGCUUUCAUCAUAAUCAUUCUUACAAGUCUGCUGGCAUUUGGGGUCAAAGAAUCAGCAAUGGUGAACAAGGUCUUCACUUGUAUCAAUGUCCUAGUCUUGGUGUUCAUGGUGAUCUCUGGAUUCGUCAAAGGCAAUAUUAAAAACUGGCAGCUAGACCCUGAAGAGAUCCUACAUGCAAGUUAUACAACAAACAGCACCAAUGUGACAGACGUCCUGCCAAGCGCAGAGAGUUUAGGAAUCGGCGGCUUCAUGCCAUUUGGAUUCACCGGUGUCCUGUCAGGAGCCGCUACCUGUUUCUAUGGGUUUGUAGGAUUUGACUGCAUUGCUACCACAGGUGAAGAGGUGAAGAACCCCCAGCGAGCCAUUCCUUUUGGUAUCGUAUCCUCAUUGCUCAUCUGCUUUGUGAUCUACUUCAGCGUUUCUGGUGCUCUCACCCUCAUGAUGCCAUACUACCUGCUGGACAGCAACAGCCCUCUGCCUACAGCUUUUAAUUAUGUGGGCUGGGGGGGCGCGAAAUAUGCCGUAGCUGUAGGCUCUCUUUGCGCUCUGUCUACAAGCUUGCUGGGUUGUCUGUACCCUGUUCCUCGUGUGAUCAUGGCUAUGGCUGAUGAUGGGCUGUUAUCAAAGUCCUUGGCCAGGGUCAACUCCUGCACCAAAACCCCACUAAAUGCAACUUUUGUCACUUCCUCUCUGGCAGUUGUCAUGGUGUUAAUGUUCGAGCUGAAGGACCUGGUGGACCUGAUGUCGAUAGGGACGCUGCUAGCCUACACAUUAGUGGCUGCCUGUAUCCUGGUGCUCAGGUACCGGCCCAGCAUCGGUUACCAGAUUGUCAGUAGCCACGAGGAGAUGGAGUUGAAUGAGGGCAACAUCCUGCCCGGUAUGGAAGAGAGGCUUAGCUUCAAAACCUUGCUGUUCCCAGACAACCCCACACCAUCCAAACUGUCAGGCUUCACUGUCAACGUCUGUGUCUUUCUCCUCGGAAUGCUGAUGCUGGCAUUCAGUGUUCUGGCAUCUUAUGGAGAUCUUGCUUCGUGGAACUUGGUAGCCCUCAGCGUCAUCUUCAUGAUGUGUCUUUUCGUGGUCUUCAUCAUCUGGAGACAGCCCCAGAACCACACUAAACUCUCCUUCAAGGUGCCCAUGCUGCCCUUCAUUCCAGUGAUCAGCAUGUUUGUCAAUAUCUACCUGAUGAUGCAGCUUGAAGAACGCACUUGGGUUAAAUUCUCAAUCUGGAUGGCCAUAGGUUUCGCGAUCUACUUCAGCUAUGGUAUCCGUCACAGCACCCUGUCAGCUGCAGCUCAUUCGACUCCGGACACAGAGAUGAUGGGCUUAGGGCUUAACCACAAGUCAGCAUCACCAGAAAAGGAAGCCUUUCUGUCCAAUGGCAUUGAUGUAAGGGAAGAGAAUGAUGGAGAUUUGUAGGAAUUUGCAAAUCUCCAUCAUCAGAUCACGCUGCUUCCAAGACAUGCAUCCUUGAUAGCCAGCAGUCAGUCUGUGUCAGCUCACUGGCAGAACUUUCUUUUAGGGAAGGUAAAGAUAAAUACCUCAUACCUAAAAUUCACAAACUUCUGACUUACUUCUUCAGCUGCAGGGAGAACACAGCCAUAACUGACAUGUUCUGUAUUUUGCAAUAAGGUUCAGAUUCAAGUGCCAAUUAUUACUUGACUAUCAGGAAUUAGGGCUUAUGUUGGAGAAACAGAAUACAUCAUUGUCUUAAAGAGGUUGGGGGGGCAUAGUCUCUGUUUCUUUUCAUAUUGGGUUGUACUUACGUCCACAACCUGUGACUGAGCCACAUUUUUGACAGCAGGAAUAUGUACAAAAGCCAAUAUGUGGGUGCCAGAAAGGUCUGCAAUGAUCAAUGAUGGAUGGAUUUUUGUUGUUGUUGUUGAUGAUGAUGUUUGUUUGUUGUAUCAAAAGUUCAUCAGUUAGGUUCAUGAGUCUUUGUUGGACAAUGACACAUUUUUUAGUGCUUUUGCCUCCAUUCUGUACCAAGAGAUUUUAAAUCAAAUGAUCAAGAUGUGAAUCAAGGGAAGUGCAGACUUUAAUUCAAAGUGUUUAUACAAAGGUCUGAAUUUAAUUAUCAGGGACAAAAAAACCCUGGAGAAAUUAACAAGGGUUGCUUUUAAUAACUGGGCAAAAAUCUUUUACAGUCAGUGAUGGUCUGACAUCCAGAAAUUAGUUCAGUUUUUUCUUCUGAAAGUGUAACUCUGUUGGCUUGAUGUAACUGAUAUGGCCAUUAAAGAACAUAGCCUUUCUUUGCCUUGAGAAAGUUGCUUUUGCAGAAUGUGUUUGGUCAUUAUCCAGUUUGCACUGCGAAGUGUCCAUUGUACAACCGGGUUGAAUUGGAACAUAGAGUACAGCCCUGCAUGCUUCACAGUUCAUCCUGCUACUUAUAUCAGCAGCUGAAUCGUCAUCGAUAAACACUAGUAAACUGGUUCCACUGGCAGCCAUACAUACUCAUGCCAUAACACUGACUCCACCGUGUUUGACAGAUGAUGUGUUAUGCUUUGGAUCAUAAGUUGUUUUUUUCCUGCUUCACUAUCCUUUUCCCAUUAUUAUUGGCUUCAUCCGUGCAGGUUCUAUAUUUCUGGCAAAGUCUAAUCUGGCCUGUCUCUUGUUGAGUUUAACCAGCAGAUUGAAUCCUCUUUUAAAAUGACUCGAUUUCCAUUCAUGAAGGCAACUAACUACCUCCUAAAGAGUGUUCUUGACUUUCUUAACCAAGAAAGUCAAGAACACUCUGAUAACGACUGUGUUUAGACUGUCCCCUCCCUUCCAUGCAAGACCAUGGGUUGGCUGGAAAACUGUUUACUUAGCCUGGCGGGGCGAAGGACACUGUCUCAGCUGAACUCUGGACACACACACACAUACACUGAUAUGCACACACUGAUCCCCCCUCCCUUUCCAAACGCCUUCGAUGCUUGUGCCCUACCGGGGAAGAUGGCAGUCGACUGGACCAGCGCAGACAUGCUGCAGGACCAGAUGCGCUGUCUACACCGGCUCUCUCUUACCCUUUACCCGCCCCUGUUGCUUGUCUUGUGUUUCUAUGGUGUAUUGAUAGU